AUGAACUUUGACCGCGACAAUUCAUGCCGCUGCUGCGGAACGGCCCGCGAGGAGAGCAAAGAAGUGCGUGUGAUUCACCACGAGCGGAUUGUCGACCAGGUGCGGCGGUCCGCCGUCGGGAGCGUGAUUAAUUCGCGAAAUCGCAUCUGCCGCUGGGUUUGCCCGGGCUGCGAGGAGGUGAACUCACUGCAGUCUAGCAUCUGCCGGUACUGCAACCGCGAGCGCUUUGACAUCGUCGUCGGCUGCCCGCAGUGCCGGGCCCCGCGACAGCUCAGCAAUGCACAGGUCUAUGGCAGCACUCCGGAGGAUCGGAAACAUGUUCUAAUCACUUUCGGAAUGCAUAAUUGCGUUGCGCGUUUUUCUCCGGAGCAGCGUUGCGAAGGCUGCGGGAGUUCGCUGCAUGGUGGGCACAUCCUAUCGCAUGCACGGUCAUUGUGGUGGUGUGCGUGCGGGGUGCUAAACAUCGUGGGCUCACACAGCUGCUAUCACUGCCGGAUGCCGCGAGCGAUUUCGACUGGGGGCGUGCUGGAGCGUAUUUUGACGGGCGCUCAGUGGGAUUUCCAGACCUGCACCUCGUGGUUCUGUGAGAGUUGUGAUGGGAUUAAUCUCGCAUCCCGCAGCACAGUUUAUCUAAAGCGUGAUAAUACGGUGGACAACCAAUCCAAGAAGUCCACACGUCUCCUUCACGGGGAUGUGAAGUGCACGCAUUGCGGGGCUCCUUGGCAUCAUUACCUGCUUCGUGAUCGUGGAUGCUGGCGCUGCGCCUGCCAUCUCAUCAAUUCAACUGAGGAUAAGGUCUGCAGGAGCUGCAAUCUGCCUGCGGCGGAUAGCAUCAAUGUCGAUGUUAUCUCUUCCUGGGCAAAGGGUGACUGGAUCUGUGGCAAUUGUCAGGCCCAUUGCUACCGGGAUCGAGCGCGGUGUGUCUGUGGGAAUCCGCGUAUUAAGCAAGAAGGGAAGGUAGAAAGCUGA